AUGACAUUCUCAGAACAACUUAUCACCUUUAUGUUCCUUUUCUGCUUGCCUCUCCUAAAUGCUUCAGAAGCAAAACGAUGUUCCAGUUCCUCAUGUGGAUAUAGAAACGUCGACGUUCGUUUCCCUUUCUGGCUAUUCCCCAAGCAAUCUUCGACCUGUGGCCACACAGGAUUCAACCUCCUAUGCACCGAUGGCCACGAGACAGCCUUAAAGCUUCCGGACACAGAACCAUUCCUUGUCCGAGAUAUCUACUAUGAUAAGCAGCGAAUCCGCCUCAACGACCCUAACAAAUGCAUGGCCAGACGACUCCUCAGCUUCGACGCUUCAGGAUCUCCUUUCUCUCCUCUCCACUUUCUCAACCACACAAUCUUGAUCUGUCCUAACGAGGACAUCAAAUCCUCCUCCCAUUACAAACCUAUCCGUUGUCUUGGUAAUUCCACGUCUUCCUUCUUUGCCAUUCUUUUUGAUUUCGCGAGUUCGAUGCCAUCCUCUUGUCAAAUGGUCAAGACACUACUCCUUCCUGUUUCUUCACCAAUCGCCGUUGACCUCAACGAUCAAGACCUCUGGCUGAAAUGGGACUCGCCGAGUGGCAGAGAUUGUGAAAAUAAUCGUUCCUUACGUGUGUUCGAAAACAAUACUAGUCUCGGAGUCAAAUGGUUCAGUUCCUACAAAUCUGGACUCCACAACUUCGUUUUACUAAUAAUGAAGUUGAUCUGCCUCUCCCUAAUGACACUUCUCAUCGGAAUAACUACAUGUGUGGUAUAUGUCACGUUCAGUUCCGAGCGGCUCCCUACUCAGAUACGGCGAUCAUUGGCACGGCAUGCCACUCUCAAGCCGCCUAGAGGUCGUGCUAGAUCUCCGAUCUUUGGACCGUACAAGAAAGUGAUGGUAGAGAAAAAUAUGAAGCUCCCGGGGAGAAAUGACAACACAUGUUCAAUUUGUUUAUCAGAAUAUGAGAGAAGUGAGAUCGUUGCGUGCUUAUUCAGAUGUGAACACUGCUUCCACGUCGAAUGCAUCGAUACUUGGUUACAGUUGCGUAGUUCUUGCCCGAUUUGUCGAAACAGUCCACAAGGUAUAUAUUAUUUGUGA